AUGGGGUCGUCCAAGAAACACCGGGGCGAAAAAGAGGCAGCCGGAACAACCCCGGCGACCGACACUGCGGGCGCCACAGAACAGCCGUUGCGGCACCGGGAGCACAAGAAACACAAACACCGAAGCAGCGGCGGUGGCAGCAGUGGCGGCGAACGAAGGAAGCGGAGCCGGGAGCGCGCGGGCGAGCGCGGGAGCGGGCGGCGCGCGGCCGAGGCUGAGACCCGCGGGAGCGCGCACGGGCGGGAACGCAGCCAGGCCGAGCCUUCCGAGCGGCGAGUGAAACGGGAGAAGCGAGACGAGGGCUAUGAAGCCGCCGCCAGUUCCAAAACCAGCUCAGGAGAUGCCUCUUCGCUCAGCAUCGAGGAGACUAAUAAACUCCGGGCAAAGUUGGGGCUGAAACCCUUGGAGGUCAAUACUGUCAAGAAGGAGGCGGGCACCAAGGAGGAGCCCCUGGCAGCUGAGGUCAUCAACCCCAUGGCCUUACGACAGCGGGAGGAGCUGCGGGAGAAGCUAGCGGCUGCCAAGGAAAAGCGCCUGCUGAACCAGAAACUGGGGAAGAUCAAGACCCUGGGGGAAGAUGACCUGUGGCUGGACGACACAGCUGCCUGGAUCGAGAGGAGCCGGCAGCUCCAGAAGGAGAAGGACAUGGCGGAGAAGAGGGCCAGGCUGCUGGAGGAGAUGGACCAGGAGUUCGGGAUCAGCUCGUUGGUGGAGGAGGAGUUUGGGCAGAGGCGGCAGGAUGUGUACAGCGCCCAGGACCUGCAGGGCCUCACCGUGGAGCACGCCAUUGACUCCUUCCGUGAAGGGGAAACUCUGAUCCUCACCCUCAAGGACAAAGGUGUGCUGCAAGAGGAAGAGGACGUGCUGGUGAACGUGAACUUAGUGGACAAGGAGCGGGCUCAGAAGAACGUGGAGUUACGAAAGAAGAAACCUGACUACUUGCCCUAUGCAGAGGAUGAGAGUGUGGAUGACCUGGCACAGCAAAAACCACGCUCUAUCCUGUCCAAGUACGAUGAGGAGCUGGAGGGAGAGCGACCGCAUUCCUUCCGCCUAGACCAAGGCGGCACAGCCGACGACCUCCGAGAACGGGAGCUGGAAGAGAUCCGGGCCCGGCUGCGGCUGCAGGCCCAGUCCCUGAGCACGACGGGGCCCCGGCUGGCCUCCGAAUAUCUCACACCCGAGGAAAUGGUGUCCUUCAAAAAAACCAAGCGGAAGGUGAAGAAAAUCCGCAAGAAAGACAAGGAGGUGGUGGUGCGUGCCGAUGACUUGCUGCCUCUUGGGGACCAGACUCAGGACAGGGACUUCGGUUCCAGAAUGCGGGGCCGGGGUCGGCGCCGAGUGCCUGAGGCUGACAAGGAGGCCCUGGAGGAAGAGGAGAAGGAGCUCGUGCCUCAGCGCCCCCAGUCAGAUGACACCCGCGUGGAGAACAUGGACAUCAGCGAUGACGAGGAGGGCAGAGCUCCCCGGGCCGGGUCCCCAGAAGCCCUGGAGGAGGACGAGGCCGAGCUGGAGCUGCAGAAGCAGCUGGAGAAGGGGCGUCGGCUGCGGCAGCUCCAACAGCUGCAUGACAGCGGUGAGAAGGUGGUAGAGAUUGUGAAGAAGCUGGAGUCUCGCCAGAGGGGCUGGGAGGAAGAUGAAGAUCCUGAGCGGAAGGGGACCAUAGUGUUCAAUGCCACAUCGGAGUUCUGCCGGACGUUGGGGGAGAUCCCCACCUACGGGCUGGCCGGCAACCGGGAGGAGCAGGAGGAGCUCAUGGACUUUGAGCGGGACGAGGAGCGCUCAGCCAACGGCGGCUUCGAGUCUGACGGGGAGGAGAACCUCGGCUGGAGCACCGUCAACCUGGACGAGGAGCAGCAGCACCAGGAUUUCUCCGCCGCCUCCACCACCAUCUUAGACGAGGAGCCCAUUGUCAACAGAGGACUGGCAGCCGCUUUGCUCUUGUGUCAGAACAAAGGAUUGCUGGAGACCACGGUGCAGAAAGUGGCCCGAGUGAAGGCACCCAACAAGUCUCUACCUUCUGCGGUGUACUGCAUCGAGGACAAGAUGGCCAUCGACGACAAGUACAGCCGACGGGAGGAGUACCGCGGUUUCACCCAGGACUUCAAAGAGAAGGACGGCUACAAGCCUGAUGUCAAGAUCGAGUAUGUGGAUGAGACCGGCCGGAAACUCACACCCAAGGAGGCAUUCCGGCAGCUGUCCCAUCGCUUCCAUGGGAAGGGCUCGGGCAAGAUGAAGACUGAACGGCGCAUGAAGAAACUGGAUGAGGAGGCGCUCCUGAAGAAGAUGAGCUCCAGCGACACGCCCCUGGGCACUGUGGCUCUGCUCCAGGAGAAGCAGAAGGCCCAGAAGACGCCGUACAUCGUGCUCAGCGGCAGCGGCAAGAGCAUGAACGCGAACACCAUCACCAAGUGA